AUAUGUACAAGAGAUGACAAGCUAAUACCUGACAAAAACAGCAAACACAGACUGAAGUCACCAUGAGGAAGUGACACGUCACUCAUCACAGGAAGUAGAGGCUGAAUUCAUCUUUAAGAAUAAACCACCUCACAGACUUUGACAGUUGAGAGUCUGAGAACAAGAGACUGACAAAGUAGGAGAGAGACAGAGAAACAUGAUGGCUGAAUUCACAUGGAUUCAAAUGUCUUUAUUUCUGAUCCUGGUGCUUCAGUUUACAGCAGCAAAUGGACAAAACCCUUCAGUCUUCACUGUCAGAGUUGGAGAUGAAGUCACUUUACCUUGUGAAAAUGUGAGAGAUGAUCAGGAUCAAUGUGACAGAACUACCUGGAUCUUCACUGGUUCAGGAAGCAGAUCAUCAGUACCUCUGUUUGAACUUGGGAAGAUUCAUAAAGACGCCAAAUCUAAAUCAGACAGACUGAGUGUCACAGAGAACUGUUCUCUGGUUAUAAAGAAGGUCACAGUUGAGAAUGCUGGUUAUUACAACUGCAGACAGUUUUACAGAUCAGGACAACAACAAGGUCCAGAGGCUCCUGUUGAACUGUCUGUUGUUACCAAGACUGAACAUGAGGACGAUGAUAAGAUCAUCUUGACCUGCUCUGUGUUUCCAUAUGGAGGCUGUAAAUACACAGUAGAGUGGCUGAAGGAUGAUUUCACAGUAAUGGAGACAUCACAUCAUUCCUGUUCAGCCUCUGUGAACAUUAAAACAUCUCACCUGACUGAGAUUCAGAAUUACAAUGCAUUAAAGUGUAAAGUGACAGAUAGAGACACUGGAAAAGCAGAACAUUUUAUCUUCAGCCUUCAGACCUCAAAGGAGAAAACAGAUCCAACAACAACAACAACUACUGCUACUACUACUACUACUACUGCUACUACUACUACUGCUACUACUACUACUACUACUACUGCUACUACUACUGCUGCUACAGCACCAACAACAACAGCCACAGCAGCAACCAUGAGAGAGAGAACAUCAGAAGGGACAAAUAAAAAAACCUCCACAAACGUUAACCCAACAAAACCACAAGGUGAGGAUGGAAGUGGAGUGAGAACAACAAUCAAACCAGGGACAUCAGGAGGAAAAAACAACACAACAUCUGCAAACAACAAUCCACAACCACAAGGUUGGUGGUGGUGGUGGCUCAUCAUUGUAGCUGGAGGUUUAGCAGCACUCAUAAUAUCUGUUGUUGUGUUCGUCAGAUGGAAGAAAACUAGAGGGAACCAAAGACAGACGGAUGGAAACAUGACUGAUCCUGAACGUGGUGUUUCCUACGCCUCCAUCAGCUACACCAAGAAGACCAAGAGUAAAGCUCGGGUUCAGGGUGAUGAUGGUGAAGGUGGUGCAGUGACCUACAGCACUGUGAAAGCCUCCUCCUCUUCUGCUGGAGCCUCCAUUGAUCUCAGCAACCUCUAUGCUACCAUCAAGUAACCAAACAAAUAACAUGUUACUUAUUAAAUGCAACAUGUUAUUUUUAUAACAACUGCAUGAUUGUUUAGCUCAUAGAUUUAAAAUGUUAAGAGUUAUGAUGAGGAUGAUCUUAAUAGUUUCUCAUAUUGUUUCUUUUCUUGGCUUAGUUUUGGUAAAAUAACGACACAGUUACAAAAUGUUAAAUCAAUACAUUAUAACUGGCUGAUAACUGAUGUCCAUUACAGUGGACACAGGGUCUGAAUCUUAUUCAAUGUUUAACAGUAUCAGCUGUAUGAGACAUGAAGUCAUUGAGAGAGUUGAGACGCCAUCUAGAGGUGAACAGU